AUGGCUCCUUUGAUCCAUUGUGUUCGUCAUGCUCAAGGCUUCCAUAAUCUCGGUGAUGAGAAUUGGGGGAUGAUUGAUCCUCUGCUUACACCAGCAGGUGAAAGCGAAUGUCGCGAAUUACGCGCAGCAUUUCCUUUUCACUCCAGUGUGCAGCUGGUAGUUGCGUCUCCUCUCCGCAGGACGAUCUAUACGGCCUUGCACGCCUUUGGGCCUGUCUUUGAAAGAAAUCCUGAUCUAAAGCUCAUCGUGCUUCCGGACCUUCAGGAAGUAAGCGACCUGCCUUGCGAUAGUGGGAGUGACCUCAAUACCAUGAAGAAGGAGGUUCUGGAGAAUAAUCUUCCGGUAGAUCUGAGUCUCGUUUCCGAUGGGUGGCAUGUAAAGAGCGGACGCUACGCACCAGGCGAUUAUGCGAUCCGGAUGCGUGCUCGCGACGCGCGGCGCUGGCUGCAGGCAAGACCAGAAAGGGAAAUCGUACUUGUUGCACACGGUGGGCUGUUGCAUUUCUUUACCGAGGACUGGGAAGAUGGUAGUCUCUAUGCGGGAACUGGUUGGGAAAACGUGGAAUACCGUACCUACGGGUACAAGGAGGAAGACGGAAAUAACAGCACACUGAUAGAGACAGACGCAUCCCGUCAAAGCCGUGGGAAGUUCGGGGCGAGGCCUACUCGCGAACAGCAAGGAGAGUUGUAUGAUCUUUGCAGGAAGCAGUGGGAUCGGGACGGUGUGCAGCUGAGUGCCGCUGAAAGAGCGGCUGUUUCCCGCGCAAGUGAGCGUAUAUAA